AUGGCCUAUCCAAUAUAUAAAACACGUCAUUCACAAAUACGUAAGAACACUGAAUAUCAUCUAGCUCCAAAUGCAGAAAUUCUAUUAGAAUAUUGUCAUAAACUAUUAGAAAAAUUUCAUUACCCAUGGGAAAUGAUGCCACUUAUGUAUGUGAUACUAAAAUAUGCUGGAGCUGAUAUCGAUGAAGCAACACGACGAAUCGAUGAAGGACAAAUUGUUGUUAACGAAUAUUCACGUCAACAUAAUCUCAAUAUUUUUGAUGGCGCUGCAUUACGUGAUGCAACACGUCAAUGUGGAUGAUAAUUUUUUUAAUAAAACACAAAAAAAAAAGAAAAACAAAUUUCAAUUACAAUUAAUUUUUUUGCUUAUUUUAAUCUUUAAUUUUUUUUUUAAAUUUAAUUAUCCUUAUUAUAAAUUUAAUAAUAAAAUACACAAAAAAUGGAAAAAAAGUGAACUUUACCAGAAAAAUGCUAUGAAAUAACACAAAAUUUAAAUUUAAAAUUAUUUUAAAUAAAUAAUAAUAGUAAUAUAUAAAAAAAAUAUAUUAAAUUUAUAAUCAUAAUUAAUAAGAGUUAAUGAUUAUCAACUUAAAUAAAAAAAAAAACACAAAAAGUUAAUCAUAAAAAAAAAAAAAUUGAGAAA